GUGACAACAGCUGAACAGCAUCUUAUAAUUUAAAAAUUUCACUAUAAAUUAUAUAGUUCUUUUGGGCGCAAAAAUAUUGUUUCUUCGACUAUUAUUCUUGCGGAAUUCAACGAUCUUUGAUAUAUAGCAUGGUUAACUUCAUAUGUGAUGCUUGCGGGCAGACGAUCAAGAAACAGAAAGUUGAAAAACAUUAUCAAAACGAGUGUAGAAACUGUAGUGUGUUGUCCUGCAUUGAUUGUGGAAAGGAUUUUCCUGGUGAUUCGUACGUCUCACAUACAAGCUGCAUAAGCGAGGCAGAGAAGUACCAAGGAAAAUUAUACAAGGCAAAAGAUAAGGGGAAUAAGGGCGAACGAAAACAGCAAGAAUGGCUAGAGCAAGUACGAAAUGCAACUGGUGGAAAUGGUAGCCAAGAUCCACGUGUACGAAAACUGAUGGCAAAGAUUACUUCAUAUGAUAAUGUCCCUAGAAAGGAAGCAAAGUUUAAGAAAUUUUGUGAAAAUAGUAUCAACAUCAGAGAUCAAAGCUUGUUGGAGAAACUAUGGCUAACUUUUUCAGCGGCAAGGAAUGGUACAAGUAACAAUAACCAGACCACUACUAGUGCUGUCCCUGUGGAAAGCACAGAGACCAUGUCUUGUGAAAAUGGGAAGUCUGAAGACUCUGAAAGCAAAAUUGUUGAGAAUAUAGAUCAGGAAGACAAACCAAAUGAGUUAAGUCAAAAGCCACAAAAAGAGUCAAAAAGUGGGAAAAAGAAGAAACGGAAAAUGGAAACAGAUGAAGCAGUGAAUGGAAAUGAAAAGGAUGAUGAGACUUUGAAAAGAACAAAUAAGAGGAAAAGAAAAACUGAAAAAGAUGAACCAGUGAAUAUAGAGGAUGAUAAGAAUUUGAAAAGAAAGAAUAAAAAGAAACGAAAAAUGGAAAAAGAUGAACUGGUAGAUGAAAAUGAGAAUAUGAAGGAAUCAAUGAAGAACCGAAAAAGGGAAUUAGAUGAUGAGGAGGGGAUGAAUGAUGAAAAUAAGAAAAUGGAAUAUGAGGAUAACGGAAUUAAAGAGAAAGAAAAUGAAAUGGAACAGGAUGUUGAAAUGGGAAAGAAAAUGAAUUUAAAGGAUAUGGAAAAUAUAGAGAAAUUCAAUUGGGAGGCAGUAAUAAAGAAAGUGUUAAAAUCUGCGCCGGACAACGAGAUGGCUGUAAAGAAAUUGCGAAAAAAGGUGAUCAACGAAUUUCUAGCACACGGAGGAGAUUUAAGAACAAGAACGGAACAGGAACUAAGAACAUUGUUUGAGAAAAAACUUCACAAAAAUCCCAAAGUUAAAGUUCACAAGGAAAAAGCAAGAUACUGUAAAUAGAAAAUACGUUUUAGACUUUCAGUCAAAACCUGUGCAUUUCGUUAUUACAAGGAGAGCGUCGCUUGAAAUUUUGAAUCGAAAGAUUCUUGAAAUUUUGAUUUGAAACGAUUCUUCUAGGCUCUUUUGUUGUUGUUGAUUUGUUUUGUACCACUUAAAUAAAAUGCUUUAUAUUUUCAACUUUG